AUGUCGCGUCCAACGGUCAGCAUCGACCGGCUGACGCCGCGCCGAGUCACAGCUGAACCCCGCGAGUCUAUGAACUGCAAGUCCUGCAGGAAACGAAAGAUCAAAUGUAACCGGCUCCGUCCCAGCUGCGAAGCAUGCAAGGUCUUCCAAUGCCCCUGCAUUUACGACGCGGUCCCUAAAAAACGAGGCCCUAAAACAGACGUCUUGGAAGCGCUGCUCAAACGGGUCGACGGGCUGGAGAAACGGCUCCAGGAUGAUGGAACACAUCCGCUCUCGCCUGCUUCGCCAGUGAAGCCAGAUCUCCCGCUUCCUUCAAGUACUUCUAUCUCACAUCCUGCUUCGCAUUCGCAUGCUGCGCACUCCCAUCCGCCUCCACACCCCCAAUCCCACCCAGCGGCGUUCCCGCUCGCGCCUCCUGCGGCGUAUGCCCAUGGGCAUCCCCAUGGGCACUCGCAGGGCCACGGCCAUCCUCCGCCCGGUCGCGUUCCGGAUGCAAUGCUGGACGCGUACUUUGCACGACUGCACGGGAAACCGUUCUUUAUCUUGGACGAGACGUCGACAAGGCAGAAGCAUUCAAGCGGGCAGUUGCCGGCUCCUUUGUCGAUGGCUGUUUAUGCACUGACGUUGCGGUAUACGACCGUGAAUCCGCCUCCAGGGAGUCUGGAGUAUGCCCGGCAGGCCCGGCGCAUGAUCGAUAUUGAUCAGCCCUCGAUCGAGAAUCUUCAGACACUUCUGCUUCUAUGUCAGACUUUCUACGCGUAUGGAUGUGGGAAGAAGGCGUAUAUGACGUUAGGAAACGCGGUUUCAAUGGUCCUGGCCUUGGAUCUCUACCGCGAACCGCCAGCCUCGCAUCCCUCCCUCAGCCCAGAGCGCGAGACCCGCCGCCGCCUUUUCUGGUCCGUCUACGUAUUGGACCGGUUCCUGACCUGCGGCUCGAAACGUCCCUGCCUCAUUGCCGACCAUUCCAUCCUCGUUCGUCUCCCAGCGUCUCAUCCCUCAGGUCAGGACCCGGGCGACAUCUUCAACCCUGUCGGCCCCAACAUCCCGUACUCCUCAGACCGCCGCAAAACAGCCAGUUCCGGUGCAGGUUCGGGAGCAUGCUCCUCCCUUCUCGUCGACAUCUCGCGCAUUCUCGGCGUAACGCACCGCUACCUCGCAGCCGGUGGCGUCAAAGGCGACUCGCAUUUCCCUUGGCACGCGCUCUCCAACCUUUCCAAGAUCCGUCAAGAACUCGAUCUCUGGGCCGCCGGCACUCACGAUCUCUUCGCUUCGAUUGAGGCCCUCUUCGGCCACCCCGAGAGCACACUCUUGCUCCUAUCAAAACUCAUCUACCAUCUCGUUCACUGCCUCCUCUACCGCCCUUUCCUUCCCAUCGACCUCGCUGAGCUCCGCGGCACAGGCCAGCACCAGAGUUGGCAAAUCGAGGCGACCACCCUCUGCUUCAGCCACGCAAACGCCAUCGCCGAGCUCGUUGAGCUCGCGCGUCACGCACCGCGCAUCGAGUGGCCCGAUCUGGUGGCGUACUGCCUCACUGUCGCAGGGACAGUUCAUAUCCACGGUGUUCAUUAUAAUGGCCGUCGCGAGGGCGAGGUUUUUGCGUCCUCGCCGGACUUUUUGAAUCGUGAAAUGAGCCAGCUAGACUGGUUAGGCGGGUUUUGGUCUGGUGUCCGCCACCAUCGGGAUCUGUUGCGGACGCUGGAGGUUUGUCAUGCAGAGCUUGUACGGUCGUUGGCGGCAAGGCCGGUGCGCUUUGCGCCAGUUUUCCAUCUCGAGGACUUUCUGGAUAGGUAUCCGGGUCUCAGUCUUGGUGGUGGACCUGGCGUUGAUGGGAGUCAUGUGCGGCUUGUUGAUGAGGACCAAAUCGACCUUGACCCGCAACUCCUCUACGCAUCGACAUCGGUGCCAACAGCAGGACCUACACCAAUCCUCCCCUCUCAACCGAACGGCAUCCAUCAUACACACGCCCGCCACCUGUCCACCUCUUCAGCCUCAGCUUCACAUUCCCUCUCCUUCACUUCCUCCACCUGGCCCGAGAUUCCCACAGAUCCCGAACUCCUCAACCAGUCUCCUGCAAGCGGAUCCGUCGGUCCAAACGCAUCAACCUUCUUCUCGCCGACCCUCGGCAGCACAACGCACUACUCCCACCUCACUUCGCACUCCCAACCCCAAACAUACCUACAAUCUCAAAUACAAUACGCAACAUUCCCCUUCGAAUCCACGCCAGUGCCUGUCCCUGUUCCUGUCGAGUCUCCGUCAGCAACGUCGCAAUCGCAGCCGUCGUCUGCGACAGCAGGGCCGGGCUCAAGCGGAAAUGGAAACGGAAAUGAGGAGAAAGACCCUUUUCUGAGUCUUCUUGAGCAGAUUGCUGAAAACGAACAUAAUCCCGGCGGGCCGAGUGAGCUAGAUUUCUUUCUCGAGGGGUUGGAGACGGAUGCUGGAGCUGGGGCGAAUGCGGGCACGGGUGCUGCUGCAGCGACACGGUCCUCCUCGUCGUCCCUCCUUUCCGCUGUCCUGAAAGAAAGCAGAUCUCUUCCGCGCCAAAUCGAUACCGAUCCCACGACACCAACUCCUGAUUUGCCGAGCCCAGCGCAGAAGAGGUUACUCCAGUUUGUCCGGGAUGUACAGAGGCAUCUUAGUCAGGAAUACAAAGUUGGCUAUGACGGGUUGAGAGCGGCGAUGAAUACGGAUGGGGGCUUGUUUGGGGAUAAGCUUGGAACUGGGUAUAACGCUCGUGCUUCUGGAUACUGUGAACAGCGAGAUAUGGGCCCACUCAUCGAUAUCGACGUCGACACGCGUAGGAAUAUAACGGGAACAGGAACUACCAAUAGCGAAGUGGAGGACAUAUUUACACCGGAGGUCAACUCAUCUUUAGCUACAGCUGCAGCUUCAGGCUCGGGUUCCACCAGGCAAAGAAGGCGCAGCAGCGUCAGCGGCGCCCAGAAACACCUUUACAACCUUCUCUCCUUUGUCUCCUUCCUGACAAAAGAGUCCCUCCUCUUACGACCGGGUGCUGGCGAGCGCGUGGCCGUCGAAAUGAUCGUCGAGACGUUGGAGCACCCGGAUCCGGGGAAUGCGCUGAAAGGGCAUGAGCUUUGGUUUGGGAGGGCGCAUCAUUCUGUCUUUGGGCUUGGCUCUGGUGUUGUAAGUAGCAGUGGAUGGAGAGCGAAUGAAACGACCGUGACAGCAAUUUCGCUGUGGCUAAUCAUCAUGGGCGAGGAAUUAUAUGCUCGCGCACAAGCCAGCGUUCAAACUGCGAAGUCUAACGCGAAGUCGGCUUCCUUGAUAGAUUUGGAUGACGGACCUGGGUCUGAAAAUGGUGAAGGCGGGGAAGAGACUUGGCCGCAGCUGAGCGAGAUAGUGAUUCGGGAGUGGGAGACGUGGACGACAAGGUUGCAGUUUCUCUCUCUGAGACAGGAUCUGGAAAUUCAGGCGCGGGAGCAGGCGGCUGAGGCGGCUGCUGUCAUGAGGAGGGUUUACUAUUGA